AUAAAUGAUACACUUGCUUUGCUUAGCAAAAGUACAACAGAAAUUCAAUGGAGGCAACUGUCCCAACAUUAAAAUUGCUAAACUUUUACAUUCAAUAAACACACCUACAUCUUCAAACCUUCUUAGUACCAUCUCAUAUUACUCUUAAGACCCCACUCUUUUAACCCUCAAAAAUCCCACUUUCCCUCAUUUUUUUUCCUUACCUUUCUUUUUUCUCACCACUACUUCAAAAUCUUUCUUUUUCUCACCAUUAAUGUCACCUAAUGAAAACCAAGCAACCUUCUCACACUUUCAUACACUUCUUCACCUACACUAAAUUUUUUCCUUCACACCCAUUAUUAUUCUUCACCAUCUACUCCAACUUUUGGACAAAAUUCCACAAAGAAAAAACAUCUACCAAACUUUUUUUAAACUAACUGUUAGAGAUACGAGAUAUAAUCAAUAUCGGAAAAUAUAUCUUACACUUAUUUACUUACUUACUUAUUAGCUUCCAUUAAUGGUGAAGAAAAUGAAGCUACCUUUUCUAUCUUAUUCAAAAAGCUUAGACCCAAAACUAUCAUCUUCUCCACCAUGGCCUUUUCCUUCUUGUGGAGGUAACAUAAAGACUCUUUCUUUCAGAGCUAAAGAUGAUAAUAAUAAUGAUGGUUUUAGAACCUUUAACUCUGCUUUUCUUGAAACUGAACUCACUCCUCCUGAAUCUUUUUUCACUAUUUCUUCCUCUUCUAGAAGCUUCUCGACUCUUUCAGAAGAUUCUGGGGAUCCUGUUGAGACUGUUAUUCGUGGGUUGAGGUCUGAUAGGCUCUUCUUUGAGCCUGAGCGAAGUAGCUCAUUGCUACUUCGCGAACACGAAAACAAACACGAACACGAACAGGAGGAGGAAGAAGAACAAGAAGAAGAGAUAGUGUUGGAAAGUCCAGAUUCAAAAGUAGUAUAUAAAGAAAGUGAAAUAAUGUCAAUGGAUUCAAAUAGCCCAUAUGAGGAUUUUAGAAGAUCAAUGGAGGAAAUGGUUGAAGCUCAUGGAUUAAAAGAUUGGCAAGGUUUAGAAGAACUUUUGGGUUGUUAUUUGAAGAUUAAUGGUAAAAACAAUCAUGGGUAUAUUGUUGGUGCUUUUAUUGAUUUAUUGGUUAGUCUUUCUUUUGAAUCUUUUGUUUCCACUUCUAGUACUUCAACAACAACAACAAGAACAACAACAACAACAACAAGAACAACAUCUUCUUCCUCUUAUUCUAAUUAUUCAUCUCCUUCUUCUCCUCUUUCUUUGCCUUCUUCUUCCCUCACUACCCCUUGUUUAUCUUCAAUAUUAGAUCAUGGUGAUGAUGGUAAUGUUGUUGUUGAUGAUGAUGACAAUGAUGAUGAUGAUGAUGAUGGUGAUGAUGGUGAUGAUGAUCAUGUAAUUGAUUGUUAGUACUUCUAUUAGUUUAGUAUUUUUGGGAAGUUCCAAAACUUCAAAUUGAAUAGUAGAUUCUAUGGUUUAUUUAUUAGGGUCAAUGCUAACUUGAUUAUUAUGCACACUACUACUACUACUAGUAGAUUGAAAAAGAAGGAAUGAAGCAAGAUUUUUCCAAUCUAUUGAAUGUAUUAUAUGUACAAAAAUUUCUCUAUCAUUCUAUGUCUCUAUUCUAGCUAGUUUGUUACACUAUAGGUUUCCAUCUUUCUCUCAUGGAAGUUUGUGAUGAGUCCUUGUAAAGGAAACUGCACAUGCCAUCACAUGAAAUGGAAAUCAGAAAGAUGAGAUAAUAAUGUUGAAA